GCUCUGGCUUCCGUACAGUACAGGAUGAAUACGAUAGACUCCAGAGAGAAAGUAGAUGAGAAAACAAGGGACUAAAAUAGGAAAUCAGGCUGAAACGAGGAAGGAAAGAGACUGAAGACUGAAGAAGGAAGUGAGGAAGGGAAGCAUUUGGAUUUUACUCAUUUCAGGACUCUCCAUCCAUCUCAUUUGGCUUGUGGAAAAGCACUCAAUUAAGGUGAUGAAUCCACUUCCUGGCUGACCUGAAUCAUACCUUCAGCAAGGGGAGUGGCUGAGCACCAGACCCCUGACCUCAACCCCUAUUGGCUUCACGCUCCAGCUCGUGAGCCUCAGAGCCCUGGAUCUCUUGUCACUUUUCCUCUGGACCUUGACGUGGGAGCAGCACCGUAACAGACCGCCCAAUGCUGAGGAGGAACUGUCUGUUGGUAUUCCUGUGCUUCCUCUUUGAGCAGAGCUCCUGCGCUCCCUUCCAGAGCAGGCCAGGGCAAGAGUGGCCUCACGGCCUGGCGGGGCCCUCAGCGGCAGGGAGGAAUGGAGGUUCCAGGGGCUUCCAGAGGGUCAAGAGGGGCUGGGUCUGGAACCAGUUCUUUGUGCUGGAGGAAUACAUGGGCUCGGACCCACAGUAUGUGGGAAAGUUACACACUGACCUUGAUAAAGGAGAUAGCGGCGUGAAGUACACUCUGUCGGGUGAGGGGGCCGGCACCAUCUUCACCAUUGACCAGACCACUGGGGACAUACAUGCUUUACGCAGUCUGGACCGCGAGGAGAAGCCUUACUACACCCUACGAGCACAAGCUGUGGAUAUUGACACCAACCGGCCACUGGAACCAGAGUCAGAGUUUGUCAUCAAGGUGCAGGACAUCAACGACAAUGAGCCAAAGUUCCUGGAAGGCCCCUACACCGCUAGUGUACCAGAGAUGUCACCUGUGGGUACGUAUGUGAUGAAGGUGACCGCUACAGAUGCAGAUGACCCCACAUACGGCAAUAGUGCGCGUGUGGUGUACAGCAUACUACACGGACAGCCAUACUUCUCCGUCGACCCCAAGACAGGAGUAAUCAGGACAGCUCUACCCAACAUGGACCGGGAGGUGAAGGAACUAUAUCAAGUUCUCAUUCAAGCCAAAGACAUGGGCGGCCAGUUAGGCGGUCUGGCUGGGACCACAACCAUCAACAUCACCUUGAGUGACGUCAAUGACAACCCACCCAGGUUCUCCAAAAGUAUCUUUCACCUGCGUGUACCAGAGUCAUCAGCAGUCGGGUCUGCAGUCGGCCGCAUUAAAGCUCAUGAUCUUGACAUAGGAAAGAACGCUGAGGUGAAAUAUAACAUUGUCCCUGGAGAUGGAGGGGCCAUGUUCGACAUCACCACCAAUGAACACAAUCAAGAGGGAAUAAUCAUGCUCAAAAAGCCGCUGGACUAUGAGACCAAAAAAGCCUACACAUUUAAAGUGGAGGCCUCAAAUGUGCACCUGGAUCCACGGUUUCACAGUUUCGGCCCAUUUAAAGACACAGUGACAGUGAAAAUCAACGUUCUGGAUGUGGAUGAGCCUCCUGUCUUUAGCAAACACUCCUACAUGAUGGAUGUUUACGAGGACACACAACAAGGGACCAUUAUAGGAGCCGUGACUGCACAGGACCUCGAUGCAGGAAACAGUCCAGUCAGGUAUUCCAUUGACUGGAAGAGUGAUCUGGACAGUUUCUUCGAUAUUGACCCCGUCAGAGGAACCAUCUCAACCAAUGAGCUUCUGGACAGGGAGGGUAUAGCCCAGCACAACAUUUCUGUCAUGGCCACUAAAGUUAAUAACCCAGUGCUGACCAGUAGAGUGGCUGUCAUAGUUCAUGUGCUGGACAUUAAUGAGUUUCCACCAGAGCUCGCCAUGCCUUAUGAAACCUUUGUGUGUGAGAGCGCCAAAGUUGGACAGGUUAUUCAGGUCAUCAGUGCAAAAGACCAAGACCUCCCCCAAGCUGGACAAAGAUUUUCCUUCAAAUCUCCUCAAGAGGGAGUGAAGACCAAGAACUUUACCAUCAGAGACUUUGGGAAUAACACUGCCGGGGUGGUAGCACUCCGUAGCGGCUUCAAACGGCACUCUCAAGAGAUCUACUAUCUUCCACUUGCGAUUGAGGAUGGAGGCCUCCAGACAUUGAGCAGUACCAGCACCCUCACCAUCCAUGUGUGUGGUUGUGAUGCCAAUGGAUCUUUAUUAACUUGCAGCGCUGAAGCUAUUUUCCUUCCCGUGGGACUCAGUACCGGAGCCCUGAUCGCUAUUCUGGUGUGCAUCAUCAUACUGCUGGUGAUCGUGGUACUCUAUGUGGGUGUGCGGCGACAGAAGAAGAAAGAGACUCUUAUGACUUCCAAAGAGGACAUCCGUGACAACGUCAUCCAUUAUGAUGAUGAGGGAGGCGGUGAGGAGGACACGCAUGCCUUCGACAUGGGCACUCUCCGCAAUCCCAAAGUCAUCAAGGAAAACCUCUUUCGUCGAGAUGUUAAGCCCGAGUUGGGUUUGGGUCCACGGUGCCCAAUAGCCUCGCAGAAUAGUGCUGACAUCUGCAACUUCAUUAGUCAGCGACUGCAAGAACAUGAUGGCGACACUUCAGCGCCGCCCUACGACUCGCUCGCCACCUAUGCCUAUGAAGGCGAGGGCUCUGUGGCAGAAAGUUUAAGUUCUAUAGAGUCCAUAAAUGGUGAAAUAGAGGAGGACUAUGAUUACCUCAGUGAGUGGGGGCCUCGAUUCAAAACCCUUGCAGGGAUUUUUGGAGAACGAUCAGAGAGCAAAUCGGAUGUAACAUCCACCACCACCACCACCACUACCACUGAAAAUAAACACUGAUGUUCCUUUUUAUUUUGUUUUGUUUUUCACGUUGGUUUUGAAAUAAAUAUAGACGUGUUUGUAUUUAACUAUUAUAUUUUUUUUUUGUUUGUUUUAUUAUUUUGUAGUUGUUCUGCUUUAACUUGUAUUUAUUUUAUUUUAUUUUUAUUGUUUUGCCUUGAUUUAAUACCAACAAACAACAGAGGAUAAAGGAAGCCAGAAUAAAAUCAAUCGCAAAACAAACAAACCAACAACAACAAAAAAAAAUAUAUAUAUAUAUAUAUUUUCUUCAUCAGUAUUUUGGUUUUGUUUUCCAAAAAAAAAAAAAUGUAAAAAAGACUUGAACAUCCUUAAAACAAGAUACAUUUAAUUAAGAAGCAAAACUGAAUAAGACAUUGAGACAUGUUUUCAGAUCAUAUAUCUUGGAUAAUAUAUAUAAAAAUGUUCUAACCCCAUUGGUAAAUUGUCCUUUCUUGUUGUGAGCAUAAACCUAAAAUAAAUUAAGGUUUAAGCUUAAAAAAAAAGAAAGAAAAAAGCAUUGCCAAUGGGGUAAUUGUAGACAAAUAAUCUUAAUCCAAGAUAUAUUACCUGAAAAGUAGUAAUAUCAUACAAAAUGUUGCUUCUUAAAUAAGUGUAUAUUGUUUACGGAUAUUUUUAUAU